AUGAGCGACGCGGAUAAGACGGCUGCGCUUGAAGCGUACCGUAAGGCGGCGCAGCAGCACGAAGAGCGUGCUGAAGACCUAAAAAAUCUCCGCAAAGGCAUUCGUGAUCUCGAGUCCGAGUAUGACAAAACAGAAGACGAUAUCAAGGCACUGCAGUCUGUCGGUCAGAUUAUCGGCGAAGUGUUGUGCCAGCUUGAUCCGGAGCGAUACAUAGUCAAGGCAUCGUCGGGCCCUCGUUAUGUUGUUGGUGUGCGCGCCGCAGUGCCAAAGAAAAAGCUUGUUCAGGGCGUGCGUGUAUCACUGGAUAUGACGACACUUACUAUCAUGCGCAUUCUGCCGCGUGAAGUGGACCCACUUGUAUACAAAAUGAGCACGGAAGACCCGAGUGGCGCUUCGUUUGCCGGUAUCGGUGGUUUGAGCGAGCAGAUUCGCGAGCUGCGUGAAGUGAUCGAGCUACCGCUACUGAACCCUGAACUGUUCCAGCGUGUGGGUAUCAAGACCCCCAAAGGCGUGCUGCUCUAUGGCCCGCCGGGUACCGGCAAAACACUGCUGGCGCGUGCUGUUGCUGCGACGUUGGAGACCAACUUCCUGAAAGUGGUGGCAAGUGCCAUUGUGGACAAGUAUAUCGGCGAGAGUGCGCGGUUGGUGCGCGAAAUGUUCGCAUACGCACGCACCAAGGAGCCGUGUAUUAUAUUCAUGGACGAGGUGGAUGCCAUUGGUGGUCGUCGUUUUAGUGAGGGUACGAGUGCCGAUCGUGAGAUUCAGCGAACGCUGAUGGAGCUUUUGAACCAGAUGGACGGCUUCGAUGCGCUCGGUAAGACCAAGGUGAUCAUGGCCACGAACCGUCCUGACACGCUGGACCCUGCGUUGCUGCGACCUGGCCGUAUCGACCGAAAGGUUGAGAUUCCCCUUCCGAACGAACAGAGUCGUCUUGAGAUCCUCAAGAUCCAUACACGCCCCAUUGCCAAGAAAGAAGAGCUGGACUACGAAGCAAUCGUCAAACUCUCGGAUGGCUUCAACGGUGCUGACUUGCGUAACGUGGCAACGGAAGCGGGCAUGUUUGCCAUCCGCGCUGACCGCGACUACUGUAUCCAGGAAGACUUUAUGAAGGCAGCGCGCAAACUGCAAGAAGCCAAGCGUCAUGAGACCAAAAUCGACUAUGCAGCUGUCUAA